AUGCCUGUCCCCCCACUCCUCCGCCCCCACAGACAAAACCACCCGCCCCGCAAACACCUCCACGCCAAAGAGAGGCCACAACAACAACCCCCCUUCCCCUCCCUCUUCCCUCCAUCCACACCCUCUCUUUCUCUCCUCCACCCUCUACACGGCUCCUCCACAUCCUCCCCCUCCUCCUCUCAUAUCGUCCACUGCGCCUGCCCAAAGACCACGAAGAGAACGCUGCCUGAGGUUGUCGCGUUCCCGGCUUUUCACUGGCUGACGCUGGUCACAUGCUGCCUACUGCCCUCCCUGAUUGGAGCGGGGGAGACGUGGGGCGUGGUCUCCGCCUGCCCCUUCCACUGUGUCUGCCGCAACCUGUCAGAGUCGCUGAGCACGCUUUGUGCGGACAAGGGCCUCCUGUUUGUGCCCCCCCAUGUCGAUCGGCGCACCGUCGAACUGCGGUUGGCCGACAACUUCAUAACGGAAGUGAGCGGGAUCGACUUUGUCAACAUGACCGGCUUGGUUGAUCUGACCCUGUCGCGAAACACCAUCAACCUGAUUCGACCCAUGGCCUUUGCUGAUCUGGAGAGCUUGCGCUCGCUGCAUCUGGACGGCAACCGCUUGACAACACUGGGACCCCGAGACCUCGCAGGACUGGUCAAUCUGCAGCACCUCAUUGUGAACAACAACCAGCUGGUCCAAAUCUCUGUCCAGGCCUUUGAUGACUUCCUGGUCACGCUGGAGGACCUGGAUUUGUCAUACAAUAACCUCAGAAGGGUACCGUGGGAGUCCAUCCAGAACAUGGCCAGUCUUCACACUCUAAACCUGGACCAUAACUUGAUAGACCACAUUGCGGAGGGGGUCUUCGGAGAGCUGUAUAAGCUAGCCAGGCUGGAUAUGACCUCCAACAGGCUACGAACUUUACCGCCUGAUCCCCUCUUCGCUAGGUCCCAGACUGGCGCGAUUAGCCCCACCCCUUACAACGCUGUCAUCAGCCUCAAUUUUGGAGGGAACCCACUGCACUGCAACUGCGAGUUGCUAUGGUUACGCCGGCUCAUCCGCAGAGACGACAUGGAAACCUGCGCCACGCCGGCCCACCUGGCUGGGAGGUAUUUCUGGUCCAUUCCUGAGGAAGAGUUCACGUGUGAGCCCCCACUAAUCACCCGACACACCCACAAGCUGUGGGUCCUGGAAGGACAGAGGGCCACGCUCAAGUGCCGCUCCAUCGGUGACCCGGAGCCGGUGAUCCAUUGGGUUUCCCCAGACGACCGCAUCGUCGCCAACUCGUCCCGGACGAGCUCCUACAGCAACGGGACACUGGAUGUCUUGGUGACCGUCGCCCGGGACGAUGGGGCGUACACAUGCAUCGCGAUAAACGCAGCAGGUGAAGCCACGGCCACCGUAGACCUGAAGAUAAUCCCGCUGCCUCACAGGGGCGGAACGGGCGGAAACGCUGGCAACACGGGGAAUGCCAAGAACAACGGGAACACCACUAAUGGGAUUCUACGGACCGAUCCGGGAUCGUCAGAUAUCAGCACUGGGAAAAACGGAGGGAUUAACAACGGCGGAGUAGGGGGACUUGGAGGGGAAGUGGAAGAUGGCAGGAGAGGAGGGGUGGAUGAUGGGGCCCCGAAAGGGGAGAGGGCAGAAGGAGGGAGCAUUGAGGAUGAAGAAGGGGACGAGAGGGAGGAAGAGGAGGAGCAGCUGGUGGGUGUGCAGGGUGUCACGUCUACCUCGGCUCAGGUCAGGUGGGAUUUAGGACGUUUGGCGGGGAGCUACCUGGUCUGGAUGUAUCAGAUACAGUACAACUGCACCGCCGACGAGACCCUCAUCUACAGGUCAGUUUUACCACAUCCUACUUCUACCUCGUACUACAUGUGCUCUUCUACUAUGCCAACAGGGGCCGACACAGUGAAACACCUUCACCCUGGCAUCUGUUUUACCUGA